AAACAACCUCUCUACCUCCCAAGGUAAGGUUAAGGUCUGCAUACGCUGUUGUUGUUGUCCUCUAUGACGAUUUGAUCUCUAUUAGAGGACACACUUUUCUUAUAACAGUAGUUCUUCUAGAUAAUGGUGGUAGUAAGAAUUGAACCUAGGAUCUCUCCCUUCUCUUAUGACAUGUUUGAUUAUGUGAUUAUAUCAUCUAAAAGCAGCUUAAACUAUUAUACAGGACACAUUUUUAUUUACUUAAUUAUAUGUUCAACUUUCUCAUUUAUCUCUUUGGUUAGUUCAUGAGUAGGUUUAAUGUGUUUGUGUAUUUUCUUAACAGAGGGAAGAUAGUUGAUGAUAGUUGAUAGUUUUAUCAGAUAAUGGAAUUUAGGUCUUCACUGACAUGUUUUUAUAUUUGAGUUGGAUUGGAGCGGCUUGCAAUAUUGAGAAUUUGGUGUGUAAAGAAGGCCAGUAGUGGCAUUUAUUUGUGUUGGCACUCUGUCUUCUGAUGUAAAGAGGGUGGUUGGAAUUUGCAAAAUGGUUGUCAUUCCGGUCCUUGGUCAACUUGCUGAUGAGUAUGGGCGUAAACCUUUACUCCUUUUAAUCGUAUCUACCGCUAUUUUUCCCAGUGCUAUAUUGGCUAUAGAUGAUUCAAAAGGAUUUGUCUAUGCUUAUUAUGUGCUGCGGAUAAUUUCUCAUAUCAUGAGUCAAGGAAGUAUUUUCUGCAUUUCUGCUGCUUAUGCAGCAGAUAUUCUUGAUGGUAGUAGCAGGGCUGCAGCUUUCGGGUGGAUGCACGGAAUUUUAUCUUUAUCUCAUGUUUUGGGGAACCUCCUUGCCCGUUUACUUCCUGGAACCUACAUAUUCGAGGUUUCGGUGGCACUCUUGAUCAUUGCUCCGAUGUACAUGAUAUUUUUUCUUACCGAGACAGUUAAGCCAACUCCAAACCUUAACCAACAUUCACGUUGGUCAAGCAAGGUGUACAAAAUUAUUCAGGAUCGACAUAGCUCAAUGAGAUACGCAUUACACGUGGUAACAAGCAGUUCAACUCUCAAGUGCAUUUGUCUUGUUUCGUUCUUCUAUGACAUGGGAAUGUCUGGUAUCAGCAGUGUGUUAAUGUACUAUCUGAAGUCAGCUUUUAAUUUCAACAAGAACCAAUUCUCAGAAAUUCUAGUGAUGGUGGGAGUAGGUUCAAUAAUCACUCAGAUGCUGGUUUUUCCUGUUGUCAACCCAUUAGUUGGAGAAAGAGUGGUACUCAGAAUAGCCUUGCUAGCAUCAAUCACAUAUGCAUUGCUCUACGGCUUGGCAUGGGCAUCGUGGGUGCCUUACUUUGGUGCUUUAUUUCGGAUGGUUUAUAUCCUUGAGCGCCCUUCUACUAAUGCUAUUGUAUCUAAAGCAUCAAGCCCAAACGAUCAGGGAAAAACUCAAGGAUUAGUUGCUGGAGCGGAAGCGAUUGGAAGUUUUUUAGCCCCUCUUGUAAUGAGUCCGUUGACCUCUUGGUUCUUGUCUAGCAAUGCACCUUUCAACUGCAAAGGCUUCAGCUUGAUUUGUGCUGCUUUUGCUUUGGCGAUGGCAUUUUAUUUUGCUUGGAUACUACCAGAAGCACCAUCAGUCCAAGACGAAAAUGCAGAAAGAGCGCCACUUCUAGCAUAAAAAAUGUGAGAGCUAACGUACGGAUGGUAUGCGGGGCAGAUGUAGGUUCAGACAAGGGGGAAAUAUGACAAAACCAACAUUUUUUAGUUAGAUAUGAACUGUUGAAUUCUCUUUAACAUAAGGGAAGAUUCUAGUUGAGUGACAAAUGAGAAAUUGCAAGGUCACAUGUUCAGAUUAUAGGUGUGAGUGUGUGACAUCCAAGCUAGUUUUUAUUUUUUUUUAUUUUUUAUAUGAGGGUAUGUACAGAAUUAAUAUUGUAAAUGUUCUGUACCUUGUGUAAUUAUAUUGAGACUGUUUGGAUUGAAAGGAAA